UCAUCAAUCAAUACUUGUACUUACCUUCCUCAGUUGGAAACUAGAUUUUUCAAUUCCCUCCUCUACUUAAACGCAUGCUCCUCCUCGACCCCCCUCACUACCACAACUCCCUCAUUCACAUACUCAAAGACUCAGAGACAACUAACUUUAAAAAGUCUUUUGAGUUUUUGAGCUCUUAUCUUUCCACUAAUCCAAUCCAAACCAUACCAUACCAAACCCAACUUUAAGCUUCAAUUUCCCUUCAUUUAUCACAACUCCAAAAUAAUGGGGGUUCUUGAAAUCCCAAGGAAAGAGAUAACACCGGUUGCGGCUGGAAAAGGCCGAACGAGUCUCUUUUCUUUCACCAAAACUCCAUCUUCUUCACUCUCUUCCUCUUCCCUUUCGCUCCCUCAUACUAUACCUCCCUCACCCCUCCACAAGUUCUCCGAAUCUAUGAUGGAGGAAAACAUCGACAAUGCAGAAUUACUCAUCACCAAAUGGGAUCCCAACUCUUCUGCACACACUAAAUACGAGUUCCUUUUCCAAGAAAACCGAAAAGAAGCCAAGAACUUCAUCAAGUGCGUCAAGGAUUUGCGCCAAGCCAUGCAUUUCUUGGUGUCAGAGAACUCAGUCUCUGACAAACUUGUGUUGGCUCAGAACUUGAUGCAAAUUGCCAUGAAAAUACUUGAAAGAGAGUUUUACCACAUUUUGUCAUCAAACCGCCGGUAUUUGGAUCCGGGAUCAGUUUCCAGUCGGUCCUUACGGAUGUUAGCAUGGUCGCGUUCGCGGUCAAGUGAAUCCGAGGAGGAACACUGUGUUGGGUCUGACGAGGAUAUUCGGACGGCCAGUGAAUCAAUUUCUGAAGAGGAAAGACUCUCUGAGCUUGCCAUGUCAGAUCUUAAGUCCAUUGCUGACUGUAUGAUAAGCUCUGGCUAUGGCAAAGAGUGUGCGAAGAUAUAUAAAAUCAUCCGAAAGUCAAUUGUUGAUGAACAACUAUACCAUCUUGGGAUUGAAAGGUACAGCUCUUCAGUGAUCAACAAGAUGAAUUCACAAGUUUUCGAGCAUCAAAUCAAGAACUGGCUUGACGGGAUAAAGAUUGCUGUCAAGACACUCUUUCACGGUGAGAGGGUCCUCUGCGAUCAUGUCUUCUCUGUGUCGAUCACGAUUACAGAAUCAUGCUUCACCGGUGUCACCAAAGAAGGAAGCAUCAUGUUAUUCGCGUUUCCGGAACUCGUGGCAAAGAGUAAGCGGUCGCCAGAGAAGAUUUUCCGGUUAAUGGACUUGUACGAGUCUAUAACCGAUUUCUGGCCAGAGAUCGAAUCAAUCUUCUCGUUUGAGUCGGUCUCAGCCGUUAAAUUACAAGCUCUAAACUCCCUCCUCAAACUGGGCGAAUCCAUCCGGAUAAUUUUAUCAGAGUUUGAGCUGUCAAUCCAAAAGAACUCGUUAAAGAUACCGAUACCUGGUGGUGGAAUCCACCCACUGACACAUUCAGUGAUGAACUACAUAUCUUUCCUAGCCAAUUAUAGUGGAGUCCUGGUUGAGAUCAUCACGGACUCAUCAUCUACGACGGAAUCCCUGCUGCCAUCCCUGUUUCCGGAAUCUUACUUCGAAAGUCCAAACCACGACGGGUGUCCCUCUCUGGCCAUCUCGGCUCGACUGGCGUGGAUCAUUUUAGUACUCAUUUGCAAACUCGACACCAAGGCGGAGCUAUACAAUGACAUUGCUUUAUCUUAUCUGUUUCUGGCUAACAAUCUUCAGUUUAUUGUCGAGAAGGUCCGUAUAAGUAACCUUAAGUACCUCCUUGGUGAUGACUGGAUAACAAAGCAUGAGAAGAAGGUGAGACAAUACGCGGCAAACUACGAAGUAACGGCUUGGAGUAAGGUGGUUUCUACUCUGCCGGAGAAUUCAAGCGAUGGGAUGUCACCGGAGAUGGUGAAGACCCAUUUUAGACAAUUUAACCUGGGUUUUGAACAGGUGUAUCGGAAACAGACAUCGUGGGUGGUACUCGAUGGGAAGUUGAGGGAUGAGAUGAAAGUGUCGAUUGCGAAGAAACUUGUGCCUGCUUAUAGGGAGUUCUAUGACACACAUUUUGUAGCUUUGAGUGGCGAGAAGAACCUAGAAGUUUUGGUGAGGUUUGCACCGGAGAAUUUGGGGAAUUAUUUGUCAGAUUUGUUCCAUGGAACAGCCGUUUCAGGAAGUUCAUCAAGUUCAAUGUCGUCGUCGUCAUUAUCGCGCGUAUCCCGAUGUCUUUCCUAGAUGUAUUUACGUUGUGUUUGCGAGCAUAAUGCAAUAUGCCAGGGAAAAUUGUUUACAUUUUUAUGGCCACCAAUUAUCAACUUUAUGUGUCCAGAAAUACUAUUUUGACUGUGGAUUUUUGUAUCUGUGAAGAAACUCUCAGUCAUGCAGUUAUCACAGUUCUUAAAUUUAG